AUGGAACGUUAUGUACUAUAUUUUAAUAGAUUUUCUAAAAGAUCUAUGUUUUUCAGGAGGUCUGCUAUAAUUGUACGAUCGUUUAAUUCAAAUAAUAAGGGUACUCUGGAAUCCAGAGACUUAUUGCGAGACAUAAUAUCUAAUCGACAAGCUAAAACUAGUUCUCUGAGGGUGAACGGUGUUAAGAAUAGGAACUUCACGUUAGCUAGAGGUACUAAUCAUAAUGGGCAUUUUACUAAGAGAAAUCCCAAUCCAAAUCACAAUCCAAAUCACAAUAUUAAAAAAAAGAAACGAAUUGUAAUAAAUUGGGAUAGUGGUACAGAACGAGCACAGGAGGCAGCAAACCAUACGAUUAAAGAGGUCUUUAAGUUAAACUCUAAGGGUAAUAUAAGAAUAUUCGAUAAAGAGUCUCAUAAGAUUGAACAAUCAAAUAUUAGAUAUUAUGCGAGGGGUUUAGAUUUGAAUACGUUGGGCAUGUCUAUUGUGGAUAUUGAGACCGUGGAUGGAGAAACGAGAAUACCAUUAAUCAAAAUAGUUGAUUCAAAGACAGCUUUAAAAAGGUAUUCAGAUGAUAUGGCAAAAUUGAAAGAGAAUGAAUUGAUAGAAAAAGGUAUAAUAAGAAAAAGAUUUAGCGACCCUUCAAAGAGUGAAGAUACUUUGAAACAUAUAAAAUUAUCCUGGAAGAUACGAGAAGACGAUUUAUUGAACCAAAAGGCCCAUGAAAUCGAAGGUCUCUUACAAAAGGGGAAUAAAGUUAAUAUAUAUAUUGACGACAAUAACAAUGGGACACCAAAACAUUGGUUGGAUGAUUUUGAAAAACUUUUGAAUCCUGCUGUUGAGGAAGACUCACAAGCACCAGCGAGGAUUCCUAAGAGAGAAUUAAAACAUCGCAAUGAGAUAAUGGAACAAAUCAAAACACUUGUGAAUGAAUUAUCUGUGACGCCUGUGAUAGAAGGGGAUGUUACUUCCAAAGUUAUUAUCCGUCUUUCUCCUAAACCCUCUACCAAACCAAAUGUCGAUAAACAAGAAUUGAAAGAAGAAAGAAGACGUGCAAGACAGGAAAAACUUGAGAAAAGAAUUCAAAAGAAAAAGGAGAGGUUAGGUCAAGAGUGA